UGAUACUGUCAGUUUUCACAACACAAACAUGGCCGCCUCCUGUUCGGGAAACAGCGCAAUGCUGCACCGAUGUGUUAAAUUUAAACGCAUGUGUAAUACCCAUCCGAGCGGUGGUGUGUUUAUUAGGAGGAUAUGGACGUCUAGGUCUAAAUGCCAACUUCCGCCCAAAUUACAGAGUAAAAGUGCUCCUCAGAUGGUGGGCGUGGUUGCCUUGGAGAUCCAUGCACAGAUUCAGGCCACAUCAAAGUUGUUCUCAAGCUCACGUGUUGGAUUCUCAGCCCCACCCAAUUCACAUGUGUCGUUUUUCGACGCCUCACUUCCUGGCACGCUUCCGGUUCUGAACAGGAGGUGUGUCGAGGCAGCUGUAAUGACUGGUCUCGCCCUCAAUUGCAAAAUCAACACAAAGUCUCUCUUCGACAGGAAACACUACUUUUACGCCGAUCUCCCAGCAGGUUAUCAGAUCACUCAGCAGCGAGUGCCCAUUGCAGUGAACGGAUCUCUGAGCUUCAGUUAUUUAGGGGGGAAGAAGAGGAAUGAGGUGAUGACGAAGAGCGUGAGAGUGAGACAGAUUCAGCUUGAGCAGGACAGCGGCAAAAGUCUCCAUGACGAUCAGAGGAGCCGAACGUUCAUCGACCUGAACCGCGCCGGUGUGGGUCUGAUGGAGGUGGUGAUGGAUCCUGAUAUGUGUUGUGGUGAAGAAGCAGCAGCUGCAGUGCGAGAGCUUCAGCUCAUUCUUCAGACUCUCAGAACCUGCCAAGGAAACAUGGCUGAGGGACAGUUGCGAGUGGACGCUAACGUAUCUGUCCAUCAUCCCGGAGAGCCGCUUGGCAUUCGCACUGAAGUAAAGAACAUCAACAGCGCUCGGUUUGUUGCCAGGGCGAUCGAUUAUGAGAUCCAGAGACAGAUUGAGGUUCUGGAGAGUGGAGGGACAGUUCUGAACGAGACCAGAGCUUUCGACAGCAAAACCGGAACGACAGUGCCAAUGAGGGAUAAAGAGGGUCUACAGGACUACAGGUUCAUGCCAGAACCCAAUCUUCCUCCUCUGUUCAUUUAUGAAGGCGUGUCCUCAGUGCCAGAUGGCGUUGAUCCUGCCCACGUGGUCAUGAUAGACAGAUUGAAGGCUCAGUUACCUGAGCUGCCCGGAGUGAAGAGGAUGAGAUUAAUGAAGGAGUACGGCAUCCUGCCAGAACACAGCUUCACUCUGGUGAAUGAAGAUGGAUUGAUGGAGUUUUUCGAGCGCGUGGUCCAGAAGACGAAAACGGAACCGAGGAAGCUGAUUGGCUGGGUGAUAAAGGAGCUGAUGGGUCACCUGAACCAACAAAACCUAAAGGUUACACAGAGCCCGGUGUCUCCCGAGGCUCUUGCACAACUGCUGAAUCUUCUUGAAUCUGGUUUCAUCUCGUCCUCUGCUGCUAAAGUGGUAUUCCAGGAAAUGUGGAAGACUCCGGAAAAGCGUGUGGAGCAGCUGGUGAAGGAACUGGAUUUAGGGUUGAUCAACGAUCGAGAGGAACUCCUUAAGAUCUGCCAGAGAGUGAUGGACGCUCAUCCUGAUCUGGUCCAGGUGAUCAGAGGGGGCAAUAAGAAGGUGCUGAAUAAGCUCAUGGGCGCCGUUCAGAAGGAAUCCAAAGGCCGAGCCGAUCCAGUCCAGCUGAGGAACAUCCUGCAGGAAAUGACAUCGUGAUUAAAACCCAGAGUGCCUCAAUACCAGUCUUCUGAGAACUGAUCGUGUUUAGUUAUACAAUUGAACCUGGAAUGCUUUAGUAUGUUUCUGCUCGAGAACCUCACAAAAGCCUCAGUGAUGAACGGAAAGGUCGAGUCAGGGAUGUUGGAGCAGAAACUACAACUCAGCAUAAUUUGUGCAUAUUAACAUGUUCCUGUUUAGUCUCGGUCAACAUGAAUGUCUUAUUUAUGUGUGUAUAAAGGGCUUUAACAAGGA